AUGGGACGGAACGACCUGCCACCCCCUCACAGCGCCCUCCCCCGCACUUUUGGCUCUGAGCUUCCGGAGUUGCACUGCAAGGGGGCGGGCGGGCGGGCGGUGGUUGCGUCAUCGCAUUGGACUCCCCCCCCAGUUGGUGCCUCAGACUUAGACGUGUAUCAUCAUCGCAGCUUCACUCGUUUGUGGUUCGUCUUUCCCCCUCCCACCCACCCUCGCCAACUCUGUCACCCCGCCCCAACCUUCACCUACUCCCUCCCCUUCCCCCCGUCUCACUCCUCCGGCACAACUCCGGAAAACGAAACAGACAACCAGCGCGCAAAGGACAAGCCGCUGGUUCGAAUCACGGUGGCGACAUCCUCCCCUCAACAAGCUCAGGGCCCCGCUCAGCACCAUUACGUGUUUCAGUUUGAGAGUGUGGCAGAUCGGGAUGCGGCACUGGACGUGCUGACGAAGGUGAUUGCCGCCUUGGCCGGCGGGGGUGCGGGGGGAACCGCCAAUGGCGGCGGGGCAGCAGCUGCUGCUGGUACUGGUGGUGGUGGUGGUGGAGCUCCAGGGGAGAAUCCGGCGGUGGCGGGGGGCUUCUCCAGACAGCAGCGGCAACAGAUGCUCGCCAGAGAUGGUGACUUGAGGGCCCUAUGGGAGGAGCUCGUGGGCGGGGGGGUGUUGUCGGAGGGGGACUUCUGGGGCGGAGUGGCGUCCCGACUCGCGGCCUCUCAGCCCCCAUCAGCCGCCGCGUGGGGCACCUCAGCGAGUGGAGUGGCGCCUGCAGGCAGCGGCGCGAUGGUGGGUCGGCGACGAGUGGGGCUCAGUAACAUCCUGCAGCGAGUGGAGGCCGAGGUGGAUGGCCGGCAUCAACGAGUGUUGAGAGUGGCCCAGAUCUUCGCCGAGCAGCCUGCCGUACUCCGGGCAUAUCGGGACCACGUGCCGCAUCGCAUGAGUGAAGAGGACUUUUGGAGGCGAUAUGUACGACAUGAGAUGCACAAGGAGAGCAAACGUAAGGCCCGCGCGGAGGGCCUCAACCCCGCCGCCGCCGCCGCGUCGGUUGUUGACGACGCGGGCGGUGACAUCUUCCGCGAGGCCGCGGUGGCCGUGGCUGCGGAGGCGGCCGCCCGUCCUGGCGCCGCCUCCGCCCACCGGCAGCGAGUGGACCCCUCCCUGGACCUGACCGCCUCCGAGGGGGAGAAGUACCAGGGCUUCGGACUGGCGCAUGCGGCGACACGGGAACCCGAGUUGGAUUCGGAGCGGCUGCGUGUCGCCUCGAUCCACCCCGAUGCGCUCCUGGGAGGCGGCCUGGAGGAGCCGGAUGACCUGGCAGCCGCCAUCAACCGACAUGGGGAGGUAGUGCUGCAGGUAUCGAGGCACUUGCCAGGGUGGAGGCCCAGCUGCGGGGGAAAUCACCGACACCUCCAGCCACCACCACCCCCAUCUCCCCCCCCACUACCGGACAGCGGCACCAGGCAGCAGCGGCGUCAGCGCCAGGGGCCCCAGGGCCGGGGUGGCGACGGCGCCGCUGACGACGGUGUACAGCAGCCCCAGCGGCGGCGCCGCCACAGCGCGGGCCUGUACGACCUUCACGAGCCGCCGCGGCCGCAGCUGGACAGCCUCAGCAUUGCCGACCCCCGACGGUACUUCGAACGAGUGAAGGACGCGUUCGGGGCCGGGGAUGACGGAGGCGGUGGCGGCGGCGGUGGCGGCGGCGGGUUGGGGCCGGGACCCCUAAGGGGCCCACACGGCCCGGGGGGCCUGAAGGGGGUGGCAACUGUGUUGUCGUACGUUUCCCCCGGCGCCCUUCCCCUGGUCCCCCUGGACCCUGCCGCGGCUGAGGGGGCGCUGCUCGAGGCCACACCCCUGGCCCGGGCGAUGGCGGAGGACGAGGCGGCGGUGCUCGUCAUGGCUCCCAUCUCUUCAGAAAGCAAGGAGAUCUUAGACGCAACCAGAACCGGAACCACUCAGGUUGUCGGUGGAGCGGUCCCGGCGGUUCCGCCGUGCCCCGACCCGGCGGGGACGUUGGCUUUCCUGCGCCGUACAGUCCUGGCAGCCAACGAGGCGUGUCGCCACUUCUGGCGCAACCUGCCCGCGAACACACCUGCCCGCCGGGAUAAGGCUGGUCGGCUGGCCAAGCUGUUGGAGGUGAAACGCUCCGAGGUGGAGGCCCUUAACGACCGGGCCCGAGGUGUGGAGGGCAGGUUCAUCAGGCAGUUGUUGAAGCCGCCCAUGGAGAUGCUGCUGGCAGCUCUGGUCCGCUCUCCACGCCAAUGCGGUCAGCUGUCCUUCCCGGGUGAAUGGGGUCAGCUGUCCUCCCAGCCGCUGAUGGUAUUGGUGCUGCUGGAUUGCGCCGGGUGGGCACCUGGGAUCAAGAAGCCUCAAGGCGCAGAAGCGACUCAAGAUGAGCCAGGCAUCAUCGCCAUCAAAUUGCCCAGUCCCUCCCAGCUGUGGGCCACCGGUGAUAACGCAGUUUGGACAGCUGUACGACGUCAGUACAGCAACGCUGUAGCAGCUGUGGGCAGUAGCGGCAAAUCUCACAAGGCCGCCUACCCCUCCCUAGACAGGUGGUAUCUCUUAGAACUGUCGCCGUGCUUGCAACCGCCACAACCACCGCCGGGGAGUGGGGGACGCGAGGGAGGCGGCAGCACCCUGCACACGGGUUGCGAGGGAGUCACUCGACACAUCACUCGACAGCAGCUGGAGAAGCUGGUGGAAUGGAAGCUGGCUCGGGGGCAGUGGCGACCCAGACUGCUGUCGUACGCUCGGGAGCAGCCGGAGGGUGCGGUGGAAGCGGCAUCAGCCAAGGCACUGGCCACCAUGCGGGACUACCUGCCACCACACGCUGCUGCUGAUGCUGCUACAAGUGCAGCAGCCUCCGCCACCACCGCCAAACAGCACUGCGAUACGGCACUACGUACGGCAGUGGAGGCACUUACAGCCCUCAAGGGUGUUGGUCCCGCCACUGCCUCUGCAUUGCUGUCGGCUGCGUGUCCGUACGUGCCGUACAUGGGGGAUGAGGCCCUGGCCACCUGCUUGCCUGCCGGCCGCCAGUCGGACUACAGCAUCAAGGCCUCUGCUAGCGAGGCGAGAAACGAAGUCCGUGAGGCUCCUUGGUCACCCAUGUAA